UGAAUUCUUCCUGGGGCCUGGGGUCAUGCCUGUGCCUGCUCCUGUUCAACAGAAACUUCCAUCCAGAGGUGCAGCCCUGCCCUCCCAGGUGGGGGCUGUCAUGAUCUUCAAAAGAGGUCCUCUGAGGAACCACAAGCAUGCCAAUUUCGUGGGACAAGGAGGCGCAGACUGGAGUGAUGGAUCUGCCGGCCCAGAACAUCAAGGAUCAUCCGCCAGAAACUGAGGAAGCAAGAUUCCAAUCAUGAGAGACCCUGGGUGGAUCCGAAACGUGUGGCCUUCCAACAUUAACGUCCAGACGAUGAAUUACGUGGGGCAGUUGGCUGGCCAGGUGUUUGUGACGGUGAAGGAGCUCUACAAGGGCCUGAACCCUGCCACGCUGUCGGGAUGUAUCGACAUCAUCGUGGUCCGUCAGCCCAACGGCAGCCUGCAGUGCUCGCCUUUCCACGUCCGCUUCGGGAAGAUGGGCGUCCUGCGUUCCCGGGAGAAAGUGGUGGACAUAGAGAUCAACGGGGAGUCUGUGGAUUUGCACAUGAAGUUGGGAGACAAUGGAGAAGCAUUUUUUGUUCAAGAGACUGACAAUGACCAGGAAGUCAUCCCCAUGUACCUGGCCACGUCCCCCAUCCUGUCGGAAGGAGCUUCUCGCAUGGAAAGCCAGCUGAAAAGGAACUCCGUGGACAGAAUCCGGUGCUUGGAUCCCACCACGGCUGCCCAGGGCCUGCCCUCCAGCGACACUCCAUCCGCUGGUUCCCUGGGAAAGAAGAGAAGGAAGAGGAGGAGGAAGUCUCAGCUGGACAAUCUCAAAAGAGAUGAGAACGUCAACACAUCUGAGGAUGAGGACAUGUUUCCCAUAGAGAUGAGCUCCGAUGAGGACGCAGCCCCGAUGGAUGGAGGAGGCAGAACUCUUCCUAAUGAUGUACCGCCAUUCCAAGACGAUAUUCCCAAGGAGAACCUCCCCUCAAUAUCAUCGUACCCCCAGUCAGCAUCGUACCCCAAUUCAGACAGAGAGUGGUCCCCCAGCCCCAGCAGCCUGGUAGAUUGCCAGAGGACUCCCCCUCACCUCGCAGUGGUGGCUGAGGGAAUUCUUUCUAGCUCUUGCCCUCCACAGCCUUCCCACUUCCGUCCUCCGGAAAGUCCUUCAGGCUCCCGCCCCUCAACACCAAAGAGUGAUUCUGAGUUGGUGAGUAAGUCUGCGGACAGGUCAACACCGAAGAGUAACCUGGAAAUGCUCUGGCUUUGGGGCGAGUUGCCGCAGGCUGCAAAGACUUCUUCUCCACACAAGAUGAAGGACUCCAGUCCCUUAGGGAGCCGGAAGAUCCCCGAUAAAAUCCACUUCCAGGCCAUCCAUAGUGAGUCUUCAGACACUUUCAGUGACCAGUCACCAACCCUGGCCCCGGGGCCGCUGGUGCAGCAGAGCAAGACUCAGAUGGAAAUGCAGUUUGUGAAUGAGGAGGAUCUUGAGGCCUUAGGAGCCUCGGCCCCACCUUUACCCGUGGCCGAAGAGCUGAAGCCCCCGGCUGCCUGCACAACGCAGGCAGCAAGCAAGACAGACUCCCCGUCCAGGAAGAAAGAUAAACGGAGUCGACACCUUGGAGCUGAUGGCGUCUAUCUGGAUGACCUCACAGACAUGGACCCUGAAGUGGCAGCCCUGUAUUUCCCCAAGAAUGGCGAUCCUGCGGGGCUCCCCAAACAAGCCUGCGACAAUGGAGCCAGGUCAGCCAACCAGUCCCCACAGUCCGUGGGCAGUUCGGGCAUCGACAGUGGUGUGGAGAGCACCUCGGAUGGCCUGAGGGACCUGCCCUCCAUAGCCAUCUCCCUCUGCGGUGGCCUCAGUGACCACAGGGACAUCACCAAAGAUGCAUUCUUGGAACAAGCUGUGUCGUAUCAGCAGUUUGCCGACAACCCCGCUAUCAUCGAUGACCCCAAUCUCGUGGUCAAGAUUGGAAAUAAGUACUACAAUUGGACAACAGCAGCUCCUCUACUUCUGGCGAUGCAGGCUUUCCAGAAACCUUUGCCAAAGUCUUCGUGCCUCAGUUACCUUCACGUGAUUUUGGACGCCAUUAGGUUUUGCCUUUCUAAAAUUUUCAGUCCACCCACAGCCACUGUGGAAUCCAUCAUGAGGGAUAAGAUGCCCAAAAAAGGAGGCAGAUGGUGGUUUUCCUGGAGGGGAAGGAACGCCACAAUCAAGGAGGAAAGCAAGCCUGAGCAGUGCCUGCCAGGGACGGGCCACGGUACAGAAGAGCAGCUUUCACAGCUUGGUCUGGCCCCCAGAGGAAAGCACGAGUCAUCCUCCAGCGAUGAAGAGCACUCAGGCGCCCAGCCAUCGAGCUCCAGCCACCUCUCGCUUCUGUCCAACGUCAGCUACAAAAAGACCCUGCGGCUCACAUCGGAGCAGCUGAAAAGCUUGAAGUUGAAGAAUGGCCCCAACGAUGUGGUUUUUAGCGUCACCACGCAGUAUCAGGGCACCUGUCGCUGUGAAGGCACCAUCUACCUCUGGAACUGGGACGAUAAAGUGAUCAUCUCGGAUAUCGAUGGGACCAUCACCAGAUCGGAUACUCUUGGUCAUAUUUUGCCCACGCUCGGGAAGGAUUGGACCCACCAGGGCAUUGCAAAGCUGUAUCAUAAAGUAAGCCAGAAUGGCUACAAGUUUCUCUACUGUUCGGCACGCGCCAUUGGGAUGGCAGACAUGACGAGGGGCUACCUGCACUGGGUCAAUGAGAGGGGCACGGUGCUGCCGCAGGGGCCCCUUCUGCUCAGCCCGAGCAGUCUCUUCUCUGCCUUACACAGAGAAGUGAUUGAAAAGAAGCCGGAAAAGUUCAAAGUCCAGUGUUUGACAGACAUCAAGAACCUGUUUUUCCCGAACACAGAACCCUUCUACGCUGCUUUUGGAAACCGCCCUGCCGAUGUGUAUUCCUACAAGCAAGUGGGAGUGUCCCUGAACAGGAUCUUCACUGUCAACCCCAAGGGCGAGCUGGUGCAGGAGCACGCCAAGACCAACAUCAGCUCCUAUGUGAGGCUCUGUGAAGUGGUUGACCACGUCUUCCCGUUGCUGAAGAGAAGCCAUUCCUCCGACUUCCCCUGUUCAGAUACUUUCAGUAACUUCACCUUUUGGAGAGAACCGCUGCUACCCUUUGAAAACCAGGACGUACACUCAGCCUCAGCCUGAUGCGAGCGAGCAUUAAAGGAUAGGUUGUGGGGACCCUGGAGCUGCUGGGAAGGCUGAUGUGCGGCCAUCCGCCUAAGAGAGAAGCAUUUCUCCCUUGACCCACCCGCCCUGGGGUGACAUUUCUAAGCGUGGAGGGUGGAUGGAGGCUGCAUCUCAUCCCAUAUGUAUGCUGCAUCAGGACUGGUUGCACUAGUAGUGUGCAAGUAUGUCCUCUGUCUGGUUUAACAUACAUAAUGCUGCACUCUCCAGCCCGGGCCAGCAACUAGUUAAUGUGGUGACCCCUUAGCACAAGCGGGCUGGCCACCCGAGAGCUGUCUCAGUAUCAGUGUGCGCCCCAGGAACUCGGAUGUGCACAGUUGUUGGUAGCAUAAGGGGCACAUGCCCAUUGACAGUGACAUCUGUGCCGCCUUCCACACACACAGGGAUGGCCUCUUUUCUGAGUCUGAGUGCUCUGAAGGGAAGGAACCUGGGCCUUGCUAGGUCCCAGCCCUCAGGCUUUGACUUUAUAGACGUUCCCUUGCAGGAUGGCUGACUUAGUCUCACUGUAGGUGAUAAGCUCUUGAAUUGCUUUGGUUAAAGAUGUCCUGUGCCCCUGGCGCAUCUCUCCCCAUCCUCACAGCUCAAGGCCGGGCUAUUUAUGCCUUAACACAUCUGCAGCAGCUGUUUGCUUAGAGCCCACUGUCUGGUUCUCCCAACUGCGAUGCCUUACAUUAGAACCAUAGUCCCUAAGGCAGUGUCUGCGGCGUCCUCCAUCUGCGUCCCACCACCAGCCAGGAAGCACCGCCAAUGAGGACUGGAACGGCGCUAAAGAAGCCGGGUGAUUUGAAGAAACGCGGUUUCCAGAAGUUAAAUGAUUUUCUUUGCAGAUAUUAUUUAUUACUUUAUUUCGCUGCUGUUGUGAGCAUCCUAGCCAGAUCCUUAGGAAUGCAGCUGUCACGAACACAUUAAAAGUCAAGUGUGCUAGACAAUCCAAAGAGCCUUAUUCUGUGUAUGUGACACACUGAUCUUCUGGAAUUUCUGAAUCAUUUGUUUUCCUUAGCUUUUUCCAUUCAGUCUAAGGGCAAAAAAAAAAAAAAAAAAAAAAAAGUAAUUUGAGUGACGUUCUUUAAGCUGAUAGAGGGUAGUUGUUGAACCGUCUCAGAGAACAAUGUGAAAAAUGAAAGAAGUAUUUUUGGUAAAAAGAUUUUGCUUUACUUUUGGAAGUUUUAUUUUUUUAAAGAGUGUUUUACUCCUGAAAGAUCUGCCUAUUUAAAUGUUAUUGUUUGAGUCAGAUGAGACAAACACAGAAAAAGAAAAAGAAAAAAAAAGAGGGUGAGAAAAGAACGGACUGUUGUUACUCUUUCUGUGAAAGAAGCCCAGAGUCAUUGCCGUUGUUGUUGUUGGGUUCUGUGAAGGUCGGAUGUGGUCACCGUUCACAGGAAUGGACAGUGGAAGGGGAAGCGCACCUGCUGUGGACCGCAGACACGGAGGAACGCGGACUGGAGUGUGCAGGCUCCCUUCUGGGACUGAGGAAAGUAAUUAAGCAUAGUCCUGCCACAGGCAGCACGCGGCUUGUUCUCUAGUGACCUUCAGAGGCCACGUUAAUCCUGCCACUGGGGUUCUGAAGUGUCUUUUGACUGCUGUGGGCUGCAGAGGAGCUCAGCAGCCUGCAGAGGAGCUCAGGCCUCUCCCUCCUGUCCAGGAGAAGCUUUGGAAUCUCCCUUGUCUGCCCCCUGCAGUCCUCUGUUCUAAGUGGCAUUCUGAGAGCAAGCGAUGACAGCGGCCUGAGCCGGGAUCUGUUUCUGUAGCCCAGGCUGGUCUGCAACCCGGUCUCACACACACAGCAAUCCUCCCUCCCUCCCUCCUGCCUCCACAGCUACCACACCUGGCUUGGGAUCUGGUUUUGAAUCACUCCACCCUGAAACAGAGCACACCUUACACAAAACCACACUCUCAGAUCCCUGACAUUCUUCCUGAGCCCCGUCCAGGUAGCGGUGUGAAGGAACACCCGCAGUGAGGCGCCCCCUGAGAUCCGAAUGUGAGCUGCACCAGGCUCGCUCACGUUGGCUUAUCUGCAUAUGCACUAUAACCCAGUGGCCCCACGGCCACACGCUAGAAUGCUAUAUUAGUACCAGACAUUUCAGAGUUGCUCGUGGAAAUGAGUGACUCACUCCACAGUGACAUGUCCUCAAACGUUGAUCACACACGAUGAAGGAGAGUGCCCCUGGCACAUUGCAGAGACGUGCUUCUGUUUUCGCAGAGAAUUCCCCUUUGGGUUUCAGGUUUGAUCACUACUUCAAUAUAUUUUAUUUAUAACAUUGGCUGUGUGUUUGUAAAUGCCGGUGCAAUGAUGAAAAUCAAUGUAAUAUUUCAUUGUGUUGUGCUUGAUGCAGAACUAGAAAUUUCUGUAAUAAAUGAGAUGGAUGAAAGACUUCUGAAAAUCA